AUGUGCUGUAUUGCCUCACGCCCACGCCUACGCCCAGCAGGCUUGUCUCCCCACCACCACCACCUCCCUUCUCCUCCGUUUCCUUCUUCGCUGCUCCCGCGCCAGCCGCGCGAGCCUUCGUUAUUUGCCAUCGUCCAUUCGCUGGCCGUCUAUCCCGUUCCUCUUUCCUCUAUUCUUCUCACGACCCCCACAAUGAAGCUCGCCCUUACCCUGCUCGUCGGCGCCGCAGUCGUCUCCGCCGUCCCCGCCCCGGUCAAACGGGGGGUGAACUGCCCCGGCGCGGACAAGGACGGCGCGCGGCUGGCGACGAGCGACACGAGCCGGGACACGCUUGGGAACGUCUUCGCGGUGUGCACGUACUCUGGCGCGGGGCCGUGCACGUACUUCUCUGACGGCUCGUUCUCGUCGGGCUCGAGCCAGUGCCCGAAGGGGCUGCCGCAGGAUGCAACAGCCGCGGGCUCGGGCGCUUCUUCUUCCGGGAUAGGCAGCCAGUCAGGCGGACAAGGGCAGGCGGGCGCCCAGAAAGGAUCCAUCUCGGCCGCCGCCAAGUGCCCCGCGGGCGACAAGGCGGGCAGUUCGCUGGCGUCGUCCAGCGUGAGCGAGGAUAAUCUGGGCAACGCGCUCGUGCAGUGCGACUACCCCAAGGCGGGCGCGUGCACGUAUUUCACGGACGGCUCGUUCUCCUCGGGAUCUAGCGACUGCCCCGUCGGCGUCAACCAGGCCGGGAACGGCGGGAAGCAGACCACCACUACCCCCCCGCCCGUGCAAACAACUCCUCCCCCCCCCCCCGCCGCCUCCUCCCGCAACCUCUUCCGCCCCGCCCACCACAUCCGCUCCGCCCGCCGAAUCGUCCUCCGCCCCGCCCACUACUUCCUCGGCACCACCCGCGGAGUCCUCCGCCCCGCCCGCACCCCCGCCGCCGCUGUCGACCGAGAUCCAGUUCACGACCGUGAUCGUCCCCGCGCCCACCCCGAGCGACAACGGCGGCGGCGUCGCGAACGCGAAGGGCGGGGACCCCGUGGGCGGGCUGUCCGGCGGCGCGCUCGCGGUAGGCCAAGGGGCAGGGAAGAAGGGGAGUGUGUUGGUGGGGAGUUUGGUUUUGGGGGUGGUGCUUGCGCUGUUGUAGUGUGUGGAGUGGAGUGGUAUGGAUGGUGGAUUGAGGACAAUGAUACUGGACAAUACGUGUUUGUACCUACCGUCAUGCAGACGAUUGUGUACUGUGUUUGCAGCCGUGUACGUGUCGCGCAGGGGUGUGUUCGACCCCGCGGACACUUAUGUCGUCGAGCGUGA